UAUGCGAAGACACGUUAGUAUAAAAGACUCUGCGCCGACUGGCAACAGCAUCAAAUCAUCUGCAGCAGACGGUCCAGGCUAACUGUGCGAUAUCAAAUAAUUUUUUACGUUUUUGCUUGAGCAAUCUCACCACACACCAGAAACAUGAAGGUUAUUAUGGUAACGCUGUUGUUGGCCGCAGUCGCCCUGUCCACCGCCGAAGCCGGAGCAAUCAACUACUACUCUGCCCCAGCAUUAGUACCUGCACCAGCAUACUACGCCGCCCCAGCACCAGCUUUGGUCAGGACUCCGAGCCUGGACAGCGCCGUGGUACACUCUGAACGCGUCGGAGGCAACUUCGCGUACAGUUCCGUCGAGGGACACGCGUACACCGCCCUCUCACCGGUCGUACACCCUGCCCCAGUGGCCAUCGCCUACAAGGCCCAGCCGCUCGUCGCCCCGUACCCCGUCGUCCACGCCGCCCCGUUACCAGCCGUCUACGCUCCGGCCAAGUCCUUCUACUACGCUCACUAACCUGCACCACCGACAAUGACAACGACGAUAAGGCCCACGCUCAGUGUUUGAUCUAGUUUCCGUUUUUUCCCCAUAAAAACGCCGACGCAGCGUACUGCGCAUUAUCGCGAAUCUAUAUUUUAAUAAUAAUUAUUAUUUCGUGUUUAUAAUGUCGGUACGCGAUAAUAUAAUAAUUAAUAAUAUUCCAUUUUAUUAUUAUUACUAUGCGUCGGUACAUCCAUCUCGCCUGUAUAAUAUAUACGCGUGACUUAAAAUUUACUUCCCCUCCCCCAACCACCUAACAAACGUACACGGAUGCGUUUAAUAUUUCUGUACUUUUUUUUUCAAUAUUACCGAAUAAAAAAUAUUUCUGAUUUGAAA